UUGGUAAACCAUGCUAUCGAAGAGAAACGCGUCAAGAACUUGGAUGAUUGUGAGCUUAUGUGCUACCUGAACGACAGCUGUGUGAGUCUUAACUUCAAAAAGGAUCCUGACAAUAAUCAACCAGGUCACAUCUGUGAGCUAAAUAACGCAACGCAUCUGAAAUAUGACAGUGACUUGACAACUGAUGCCAAUUUUUACUAUCGUGGCUCGAAGGUGAGUUACAAAUCGAUUUUUCGAAAUUGUCGCCUUAGAAUAAUAUAAAAACAAUAAUUAAUGAUUUUGCAAAUUUCCGUGUGUUCGAUCUUCCGGUAUUUAGUUUCUUCUGUCAGUCAAUCCCUCCAUCUUUUUUUCGUAAUUUCAUUUUAUUUUCCCUUUCUCCUUCAGAGCGCUUGUGACAAGAGUUCCCACUGCCAAAAUAACGCAACUUGCCAGUCUGGAUUUACACUCAAGGGAUAUCGAUGCUUGUGUCCUCCUGGAUUCGAGGGAGAAAGUUGUGAAACGGGUAUAAGUCUUAGUCAACACUUGAAAUGAUGUAUAUGGGAGAUUUUUAUCUGAUUUUCAAUGCUGGUAUGACAACUGUCCUUUAGUUGCUGAAAGUGGCGUGAAUUUGUCUCAUUGUAUAUUGUGUUGAAUCUUUCCAAAAGAAAAUUUCUUAUUAUAUUUUAUUGUGUGCAUUGUUUUCUUCGCUCAAUCGUCUGUAUAUUUUCGUUCGACGCCUUUCCAUGGCAAAAUGAGAGCAGUUCAAAUGCAUGUCGUAUGUUUAAUAUAGUAACAGCAAGGAUAGCUCAGAAGUAAUACCUUAAUUGAAAGGUCCCACCUGAGAACCACUAAGAACAAGAAGCUUCAAAUAAAUUUAGGUUUUUGUGAAUUGCUUAGUUCAUAUGACUCUCUGAUGGAAACCGAAAAUAACUUAAGUUGAUAUUUUAUUCCUUUUUUUUUCUCUGUUUCUUUCUAAUCUCACGACAGAUACUGAUGAAUGCGAAGCAACCCCUGGUAAAUGCCACAAGGAGGCUACG